AUGACUGAAUCAACGCCUGUUCAACGCGUCCAGUCCGGCGAUGAUAUCCACCCUGUCACGUCUGCUGGUGCUUAUACUACCGCCCAGAACAUGGCUCCAUCGGUCUCGAUCUCUGAAAAGGGCGGCUAUGACCUCGAAGGGAGAGCUGCCCGCAUUGCGGAUGCCGAUUUGAACUCCAAGAAGAAGCAGACUCACUCCGGAUGGAUGCUCAUUUGGCUGGCGUACCAAAGUAUUGGUACCAUAUAUGGAGACAUCGGGACUUCUCCACUUUACGUUUAUUCAUCAACAUUCACAAGUCAGCCCUCUUAUGAAGAUCUUGUCGGAGCUCUCUCGAUCAUCAUCUGGAGUUUAACCAUCAUGGUUACUAUGAAAUAUGUUUGCAUCGUUCUCUCAGCGGAUGAUGAUGGAGAGGGAGGAACCUUUGCGCUUUACAGUUUGCUGGCACGAUAUGCUCACAUAGUGCGCCGCGAUCCCAAUAUUGCUGGAACUAUCAAGAUGGAGCGCUAUCACACUGGAGAUUUGAAGCCAAUCAACAAAGGGGUCAGAUCAUUCAUCGAAAAUUCUCGGGUCGCAAGGGUCGCUUUGAAGGUUCUCGGAGUAUUGGGAGUCUCGAUGGUUAUGGCAGACGGUGUCCUCACUCCGGCCCAGUCCGUCCUGGGAGCCAUUCAGGGCAUCGAAGUCGCGCACCCUAAUAUCUCGAGCGCCACGAUUGUUGGUACAACUUGCGCAAUCCUCGUACUGCUUUUCGCAAUCCAACCCUUUGGCACAACAAAGAUUGCCAGCACGUUCGCUCCUGUUGUCAUCGUCUGGCUCCUCUUCAAUGCUUGCACUGGAAUUUACAAUCUCGCGAAAUUCGACCACUCUGUUUUAAAGGCGUUCUCUCCCUACUUCGCUGGGUCCUAUUUAGUUCGGAACAAAGAAGAAGGAUGGCGCAGUUUAGGUGGUCUUUUACUGGCUUUCACUGGAGUUGAAGCCCUCUUCGCGGACUUGGGCGCCUUCAGCCAAAGAGCUAUUCAAAUCUCCUGGCUCUUUUUCGCCUUUCCCUGCCUCCUACUUGCAUACAUCGGUCAGGCUGCAUAUAUAUCUCAAGAUGCUUCUGGCACAGCAUACACCAACCCAUUUUUCAACACGGUUCCACCAGGAACCUUCUGGUUCAGUUUAGUCCUUGCCAUUCUAGCUGCUAUCGUUGCAUCUCAAGCCAUGAUCACUGGAAGCUUUCAACUCUUAUCACAGGUUAUGGCCAUGUCGUAUUUCCCUCACAUCAAGAGCGUCCACACCUCAAAGCUAUUUCAUGGUCAGGUCUAUAUGCCACUCGCCAAUUGGUUGUUGAUGGUGGGCACUGUUAUUGUCACUGCGGCCUACAGUAAUACCACACGACUUGGAAAUGCCUAUGGGGUCUGUGUCAUCUUCGUUACAUUUAUCACCACCUGCAUGGUAUCCCUGGUUGCACUGAUCAAAUGGCGCUUCAAUUUCCUUAUCGUGGCCUUCUUUUUCUUUGUCUUCGCCCUUCAUGACGGGGUGUAUUUGUCAAGUGCGUUGACCAAGGUUCCAACGGGAGCUUGGUUCACGAUCAUGCUCGCUGCCAUACUCUCAACCAUCUUUGUUCUUUGGCGUUUUGGCAAGGAACAGCAAUGGUCUGCAGAAGGACAAGACCACUUCCAGGCUUCUCACCUCUUGACAUCAACCUCAAAUGGCGAAGUCAAGCUUGCUGAAGCAUUUGGCGGCGGAGUUGUGUCCAGAAUCAAUGGUGUUGGCAUCUUCUUUGACAAAAUCGGCGAUAUGGUGCCCAUUGUCUUUACGCAGUUCGUCCGUAAGUUCAGCGCUCGUCCAGAGAUUAUCGUAUUUUUCCACAUGCGUCCUCUCUCUACUCCUUCUAUCCCAGAGGCAGAGAGAUACGUUAUCCAACACACUUCAAUCCCAGGCUGCUACCGCAUGACCGUUCGUCACGGCUAUACAGAUAGUAUUGUCACCCCUAACCUUGGCCGUAUGGUCACGGAGCAACUUGUCCUUUAUAUUACCCGCGACACAGCAUCUACCUCAAGUAACAUCUCCUCCGUCGAGCAUUCACCUGAAAUCCAAACCGAGCUCGAAGUCAUCAAUAAAGCAGCCGAGUCACAGAUCGUAUAUAUAAUGGGCAAGGAACAGAUGAAGAUCAAGCAAGGGACGAAUAUUUUUAGAAGGGUGCUGUUGAUGACUUUCUUGUGGAUUCGGGAGAACAGCAGGACUAAGAUGGCGGAUAUGAAUAUUCCUUUUAAUGAUUUGGUUGAGGUUGGAUUUCUGAAGGAGAUUUGA